GACCCAUCAGAAAGGAGUGAACCUGAUGGAUGUCAAGGUGAAUGACACACGGGAGUUUGUUCAGGUGAGACCCCACCAGGAAGGCAGCCUGGAAGACAUGUGGCAGGUCAGGAGCAGCUGUGAAUCGCAUCAAAUUGUGGCUCUGAAAUGCUCAGAGUGCGGGCUGCGCCCCGGUGCUGCACGGGUGGUCGGGGGGGCAGACAUGCCCCCAGGUCGCUGGCCCUGGCAGGUCAGCGUGUACCAGGGCUCCCAGCACCACUGCGGAGGCUCCGUGCUGGCACGCGAAUGGAUCGUCACGGCAGCUCACUGCGUGCACAGGCAGCUUCAAGCCUCCUCCUGGCUCGUUUUCACAGGCAUUAUCACCCGUGCGUCAGUCAGGCAGGAGGAUGGGGUAUCAGUAAAGAAAAUAAUUUACCACCCACUUUAUAACGACCAUAGCCUAGACUAUGACAUUGCUCUGAUGAAGCUCCAAGUCCCCCUGAAUUUCUCAGAUGCCAUCCGUGCUGUGUGUCUGCCACCCUCCCAGCAGGACCUCUUCCAGGGCACCCAGUGUUGGGUCUCCGGCUGGGGCUAUACCAGACCAGACCAAGUGCAGGUUACUGAGACACUGAAGGAAGUGCUCGUUCCCCUAAUCGGUACCAAGCGGUGCAAUAGUUCAUGCAUGUACGCAGGCGAGCUCACUGCCAGGAUGCUGUGUGCCGGCUAUCUGCAAGGGAAAAUAGAUGCAUGCCAGGGUGACAGCGGGGGCCCCCUGGUUUGCCAGGACAAAUUUGCGUGGCGCUUAGUAGGCAUCGUGAGCUGGGGCCAGGGCUGUGCUGAACCCAACCACCCUGGGGUUUAUACCAAUGUGGCUCAGCUUCUGCCAUGGAUUUAUGACAUCACUGAGGAUGCAGCUGAACAUAUGAGCAAGUUUGAAAUGGACUAUAAACACACAGCCAAGAAACAGCCCUAGGAGCAGUUAUCUGAUCCUUAUUAACAGUGAUUGCCUUUUGUCUGAACACAGUCGCCUGAGUGCAGUGCCCUGCUGAUGUCAGACCACUUCCCAGCUCCCUGUUAUUGGGGCAAAGAACUAGCUGAAAAGGAAGAGAG